GUAAAUCAUUAUCAAAUUACUCUUCAAUCAGGUUCAGACUAUCCACAAACACGAGGCACAGUCACUCUUACACUUAAUGGUAAAAUUAAUACCGUUACAGUUACGUUUGAUGACGAUCAAGCAACAUUCAAACGUGGUUCUGUUGCAAGUCGUUUCAUUCCAUUAACUGUUGAUAUUGGUGAAGUGACAAGUAUUGAAGUUAGUUUCAAGAAAACAACCAAUUUAAUAUCAUCAUCAUGGUAUUCAUCAUCAUGGACAUUUACUAAAGCAAUUAUCCUUAAUGGUGAUAAUCAAAAUAGGCAAUCAUUCUGUCCUUCUCAAUCAGUCAUCACAUCUGGCUCCAAAGUUCAUGCUGAGGAGUUUCUUCCAGUUUAUGGUAAACGAGCAUCUGAUAUUUGUUAUCAUGAAUAUGGAUGUUUUACUACGUCAAAACCAUUCGUUGGUGCUGAAAUCAGUUUACUUAUCAAUUAUAUGAUCGAGAAUAACGGCACUAAAGCUGCAGAUUUUCAUGUUAUUGAUCAUUCACUUGGUAGUUAUAUUGCAGGAUGUGCUGGAAAACGAGUUGUUGGACUUGGAAGAAUAUCGGGGUUGGAUCCUACUGGUCCUUAUUUUGAAAAUACUGAUCCAGCUGUCCGUCUAGAUCCAACUGACGCUUUAUUUGUUGAUGUUAUUCAUACUGAUGGUGCUCAUAAUCUUCUUCUUGGACUUGGUUCUCUUCAACGAAUGGGUCAUGUUGACUUUUAUUCUAAUGAUGGUGUUGAUCAACCUAAUUGUUCAAGGACACCA